AGAAUGGAACCGCCAACGUCUUGACUACGCAGAGCUGAAUAACCAAAAUCAUUUGUUUAAGUACUAUUAGACUUUAUCAGUAAUGGCAGCAGCAGAUAUGGAUCCAGAAGUGGCGCGAGGACUGUUCGAGGAGGGUGCCACCCUGGUGCUUUUAGGUGUCCCCGAGGGAACCGAGCUGGGAGUCGAUUAUAAGAGCUGGAGGGUGGGUCCUCGGUUCCGCGGAGUGAAGAUGAUUCCACCCGGCCUUCACUUUCUCCAUUACAGCUCAGCCAACUCCGAGAGCACAGGUGGAGAGGUAGGUCCCAAAACCGGUCUCUUCCUCUCACUGAAGCCUCGGGAACUGGUUCUGGCCCACUGGAACAAGAAAGAGGAGGACCUGGACUUUUCGGCCUCUCAGAAUCAAGAAGAGGUGGAGCGUGUGCGGGCAGGCCUUCGGGAACUGGACCCGUACCUCGGUCCCUAUCCGUACGAAACACUGCGGAAAUGGGUGUCUCUCACUGACAGGCUCAACCCAGAGGUUGCUAAGGCCUUGCAGCCCCUCAGUGGCAGGAUAUGCGCCUUCAGUGACGUGGUCCCGGAGUUACAGCUGACCCAUACCAAAGACCGUGAGGAACAAAACCUCCCGAUUAACGCCACAGCCUGUCAGAGCAUGAAAGAGGGGCUGGAAAGAUUACCCCGCAUGAAACAGCGGGAAGGCACGGAGCUGCGCUUCUCCCACAUCCCCAAACAGACGUAUCCGCCUGGGGCCACCCCCGCCCAGAUCACCCAGUAUAGCAUGGACCACAGUUACGCCCUUAGCUGCCUGCUGGAGAGACAUUACAAGGAGCAGCCGCUGAAUGUGCUUGGUGAAUUGCAGUUUGCCUUUGUGUGUUUUCUCGUUGGGAAUGUUUAUGAGGGCUUUGAGCAUUGGAAGUGCUUGUUAACGCUGCUGUGUCGCAGCGAGGAUGCCAUCCGUGAACGGCGGGAGCUGUACCUAGGCCUCAUCUCUGUGCUCUAUCAUCAGCUGGGAGAAAUUCCACCUGACUUCUUUGUGGACAUCGUCUCUCAAAACAACUUCCUUACUUCCACCCUCCAGGACUUGUUUCAGUUUGCUAGUAGCCCUGGAGUAGAUGGAACCCUACGCAAGAGGGCGGAGAAAUUCAAAGCUUACCUGACCAAGAAGUUCCGCUGGGAUUUCGACGUCGACUUGGACGACUGCGCCCCCGUUGUGGUGGAGCUUCCCGAAGGAGUCACGUUGGACUGAUCACACAUGCAGCUCCAAAAACAUACUGUAAGGGGCCCCAGACAACGGACUUCUCAAGAAUAUGCCGAAGCAUCUCUUCCAGCAGCAUUAUGGUCAACACAGUCCAGGCU